AUGGGUCAGAGCGGUUUAUCACAGAAGAAACGCUUCGAGACCGAAAACGCCGCCGCGCUCAAAGAAUGGAGACAAGCGAUCGCGGAAGGCAACGAAAAGACGCUCAUUCGCCUCCUAGAAGCUCCCCAAGCCAAAACCCUUUCAAAUUUCGUCAUCGACGACAGACUGAAACGAACAGCGCUACACGUUGCGUCUCUCGGCGGUCACCAUAACUGCGUUAGUCGUUUAUUGACGGCAGGAGCGUCGGUAAAGGUGAAGGACGGGCGUGGGCAGACGGCGUUGAUGUUGGCCGCUAGUCGCGGGCGUGAGGCGUGUGUUGAGGCGCUGCUCAACGCAUGCGCGAGUGCUAAUGCUGUUGACAUGGACGGGCAGUCGCCGCUUCAUCUGGCGUCCGGCUGGCGUGGAGAAACGGGCGCGCGGUGCGUGGAAAGGCUACUCGCUGACGGCGCAUGCGUCAACGCACAAGAUUGUGGUGGUUGGGCACCUCUUCAUUGGUCGUGUCGUGAAGGUGUGGUCACUUGUGUUGAGCUUCUUCUCAAGCAUGGAGCCGACGUGAAUAUUCAGAGCAAUCUGGCGUGGACCCCUUUACAUGAAGCGGCUCGUGAAGGUCACACGGAUUGUGUUCGGAUUUUGCUCGAAGCAAACGCGAGCCCUCAUGCACUCGACACGACGUUGACGUUGCCACUCAUCGACGCUCUUCAGGAACGUCAUCUCGAUUGCGCUCGUUUGAUGCUGUUGCAUGGAGCGUCGUCGAACGGUCCAGCGGUUGGAGAAACGAGCGACAAGAGGCCACUGCAUUUGGCAUUGAAAAUGAAUUACAUCGAAGCCAUCGAGUUGCUGUUUGAUUUUGGUGCCGAUCCGUUGAUGAGGUGGCCACAUGGCAACGUCGGCGACUUUCAGUCGGGAUUUGAUGUUGUGAAGCAAUGCAAUCAUGCUACCAAGGAAGUGUUAGCGGACUGUUGUUGGAGGUACAACUUUUCACACAAUGAAAACAACCGUGUCCGAUCUCUGUUGUCUCUAUCACGAAUUGCUGUCCGAAAGGCAGUCACUCCACUUCGCAUAUCAAGAGCAGGUGAACUGGGAAUGUCCGAAGCAAUGACGUCAUUCAUCCAAUACAAAGUGAAGAGAAAGGCUGUCGAUAAGUGACGACGACAAUGGCAGUAAGAAAUGUGUAAACCAUUGUUUGUAUUAUUUUAUAGAUUCUAGCUUGUACAGAGUCUUGUUUUUGUGUAUUUUAUAUUCACUAUAUAUAUAUAUACAGAAUUUAAUUAUUAAGCUAUU